GUAGAUUCUUAGACUGUUUUUAGACCUGUAGUUUUCAUCCACAAGAAGUAUGUAUUUCAGUACUGUUUUUUACAUGAUUGAUGAUGCGUGAGUCACAAUUUGCACUUUUCUCGGCAUCCGUUCCUAUUUCUUCUAUCAAGAAGUGAUAGUAUUAUUACAUCCGUUAUUUGCUGCCAAGGUAUAUUACUCGUUGUCAUCUGAGCCUGUCGAUAAUCGAUAAAUGGAAAUCCACCUGUGCUCUUUAGGUUAAAAAGUUGCUGGCCCCUCUUCAGAUGUCUGUGGUAUCCAUGUAAAUCUAAGGUAUUGUUGGAUUGGUGAUUGAACAAAGAAGAAGAGUGGCUCAUUUGAGGUUUCUUUUACGGAAAGGAUGCCGGUAGGCGUGCCUGGCUCGCCCACACGCUCGCCGAUGAAGUCCUCGCCGUCAAGAUCUCCGACCCGCCAAGGGCCGCGAGACUAUCAGGCGGGACCAGUAUGCGGUGGAGCGAUCCUGCGUCCGAAAGAGGACUACACAGUGAAGGAGAUUCAAGUGCCUACGUCUAUGCAGCGCACCCUUAUCUUCGUAGUCGAUCUCUCAGACGCAGUUCUGAUGGACCCAGAGCUUAAGCCUCUGGAAGAUCUACGGAGCGAUGUCCUCGAUGCGAUGGGAGUUGCCAGCGGAAAAAGGGAGUUUCAGGUUCUUGGCGUUUCUAAAACUUUUUGUUUUGUUUCUAAGGCCAACGAGAUUGUUUUGUUGCGUAUCAGAGCUUGACGUUGGCUAACUGGUUUCUUGAUGUGCCAUCCUCUAUAUGCAGGUCAUUCUAGCGGGUUAUGAGGGACACGAGCGUUUGGAAAUCACUGACACAGCAGCGCUAAAAUCGUUUUUCGAGCGAAUGGAAGUCCGGGAUCAAAAGAGUUAUGAAAGCGACGCGGACUUGUAUGGGUAUUCUUACACUUCUCUUUGCACUCGAAAUUUCUUCCAGAAAAUGUUGAUCAGAAGCCUUAUGCCUUUCUUUGGUGCAAGAAUUUCUUUUAGAGGACAACUCCUCCUCCGUGUGGGGAUGUGUACUUUGUUUCUCAUCUCUCAACCAAAUCGUGCAAUUGAACCUAACUCAGGGAUGAUCCGGAAGGCAAUGGAGAUCCUGCUAGGAUAGCAGCGCUGAAGGACUAUGCGAGUUAUAAAAAGGCUGCAACCGCAGAGUUUGCGGCGACGAAGCAGCAAUUAGCGGAGUUGAGGCUGGGUUCAAUCAUCACCAAGAUGCAGAUGCGCCGAUAUAUCGACCGGCUUCUAGAAAUUCAAAAGGAUUCUUUGCAGGCAAACUUCGAGCGCGACACGUUCAAGUACCAAAUUUUUUCACUGAUAUUCGAGAUUCACUUUCUUUGCACCAGUAAUCGAUUGAUCUUGAGUACAUUUCUUUCGGAUCAAUUCGUAACAUUGAAUUUCGGUUGCACAAAUUCUUCACUGCAGCUCGCCAGUUUGCCAGAAAAAGUCAGUGAUGGUCUUGCCUCUCUUUACAAUUAUAGGCACUUGGUCGCUGAAACUGAUAAGAAAGUCGAGGCUGUGAAGCAGAAGUUGCAGGAACAACAGGACUUGUAUUUCGAAUUGGAGUCUAGCAUUGAGAAGAAGGUGGUUUCAUCAAUCGCUGACGCGCGUGUAGUUUUCGAGCAGGACAAGCAGCGAGAAAUGCAAAAGCAACGAGAAGACCUGACGGAGAAAUUCAACAAAGAACGAGAUACAAUCCUCGCGGACGCGGAACGGAAACUCCAGACCUGCACAGCACCCCUCCAAGCGAGGAUAGCUGAGUUGGACGCUAACCUUUUGAAGUUCGUUUUUUCCUUAGACCAAGUAGGCUGUUGUACCCUUUUUUGUAUGAGUAUUCCGUCGUAUCAUCAUCAACAUAUUACUGUACUUCUUGUAGAAGUAGAUGAGGAGGCAAAAAUUGAGGUUCAUUACAACAUCAGAAUCUUUUGAUGAAACGCAGAAAUACCGUUUAUUUGGUCUUGCAAUUCUGAUUCUGCAUUGUGAUAUUCUGACACAACUCAACACCAGGCAAGAGGACAAGCUGAAGGCAGCAGAUGCACAAAUAUUAGAAGCGAAGAACUCACUGGAGACGACACUAAAGGAGUUGGAGGCGACAAAAACAGAAAAGGCUAUUGUCGAGGCGAAGCUGCGCGCCCUAGAGGGCGAACUUGGGGCUGCAAGGGGUAGUGUUCUAUAGACCCUCUCCAAAGUAGAUGUAACUUCCUAAGUAUCCCGCCAUUCUCUUGUAGGCAUGAUGUAAUAUCUCGUUUCCAUUCAACAUUCCCCUGAUCAUGUUACUUCAUCAGUAUAAGAUGCUUGUACGAGUACGUGAUCGUGAUUCAUAAACUUUCGCUGUACUACUACUACUACUACUACAUGUAGAGAGAGCAGCCGUCACUGAUUUAGCUCUUUCAUUGCGAUGCGAAACGAAAAAACUAAAAAGGCCCCCGCUUUUGACUCUCGGCGCUCCUCGGCUGCUGCUGCUGCUGCUUUUUCUGUGGAGUUCUUCCUAUUUUUUGUUAACUACUUACUACGGAGUUGUCUCCUUCAGCGAUCGAAUAGUAUCUACAUAGAUACAUUGGUUUUAGUUGAUACUUUUUUACGUUUUUUACCGCUUACCAUAGCUAAUUAAUCUUCCUUGAGUCAACGGCAUGUGAGCAUAUCGAGUAGUAGCAGUUAACGCGAGCAUGCCUCUCUACCUUAGUUGUCAUAGCAGCUGCGGCAGUUAAAUUACCCAGCUCUAACUACAUAGACAGAUUCCUUCUGUUAGUUUUUACAUGUCGGCUAAGGGUCAGCAGCAGCUACUUUUUUUUGGUCGCGCAGAGAGUUCAAAAGCGGGGGUCGGUUUAUGAAUCACGUACGAUUCUCGGUGUUAUUUUCACUAUGGAUUGUGAAAUAAUUCUGAAUGCCCGACUUUCUCUCCUCUAGCUUCGCUGAAGAGCCUGCAAGAAAAGCUUGAUAAAGAGGUGGGCGACGCUAAAGGUAAUUAGCUAAAUGAAGUGUUAAACGUUAGAUAGUCUCUAUUUGUUUUUUUGUUCGGUAAGAAAAUAAUCGCCCGGUAGCUGCUGCUGACCCUUUUCGUUCGCUGUACCUGCUUAGAAUACCUACAAAGAUUUUACACCAGUCUGGAACCAAAACUGUCACUAAUGUUGAGUCACACCGUCGCUUCCGUAUGCUUUGAUGGUGGAAAAGAUUCUCAACAUUCGUCUACAAAUACUUACAGAAAAAGCUGCCGCAGCCGAGUCCGCCGCUGCUGCUAAACUUGCAGGUAGAUAAAAGGGCUUUAGCCAAAAAUUUUAGAAGUUUCUGACGAAACAACAUCUUUUACAGCUGAUAAUUAGAGAGAGCAGAGCAAGGAUAAAGAUUAUUUUUAACACGAGGUUUAGACAUAGUUGUAGACAAGAGUCGACAUAGUCACUAGGACACAACAUUACAUGCUAAUUAAACAUAAAACAAUAGCUGCGGAAGAGAAAAAGAAGCGCGAGGAGGAGCGUCGAGAGCGGGAGGCCGCCGGUAAUGAGCUUUUUGUAAACACAACAUGAACGAAAUAGACAACUUGUGCAUAACAGGGUAAUUUAGAAUAACGGCCUGAGAAUAUCAAGCCGUGGCACGGUGGUUCAUAACAAGAUUGGUGGUAGACUAGUGAGUAAAAAUAACUCCUACAAGUAUUAGAUAGAGAAGGUACUUAGUCCGUGUAGUAUUAACAUAUCAGUCUGACGGAUCUUUUUGUUUUACAUUCAGCCGCGAAAGCAGCCGAGGAGCGCCGGAAGGCGGAGGAGGAGGCCGAAACAUCAAGUAUUAUUUAAAUCAAUUAGAAGACGCCAUGCACCAUUUGAUUUGAGAAUGAAGACAGCCAUUGCCUUCGUGCUCAUCCCAAGAGCAAGCGAGCACGGGUCAGACCUGCUUCCCACCCCAUGCUGAUUUCCCUAAACAAGGGUGAUACAUUACUAGACUGAAGCGCCCGGGAGCACUCACCCCACAAUCCUCCACCCUCUGCACGCACUUCCCCCGCCAUUGCGUGGACCCGCUUGCCCGGCCCCUUCCCUACGCGGCAACUGUCUGCCGGAGUUGAUAGAUCGGCGGAGCAGCACAAGAGCCGGGCCCUUGGCGGUCUGCGGCUAUUGAAAAGACACGCCUGGAAAUGGUAGACCCGGGGCCGGGGGCUUGCUGGUCUUCUGUUAGGUUUAGCACCUUUGCGGAAGGCUGAAGCGUUUAACUUUCGAACUUUUAUAAUUCGUCUUCCUCGAAGAAACUGAAAAACUUUGCACAUAAUUUUUUUGAAGUUCGUCUUUCUUCGAUAAAUUCAAACACAUUGCCACUUUCGCGCACUCAAGUUUGGGCCUUCAGUUUCUAACUUUAUCGCACAAAGCGAACGCAAGUGCCAGGGUGGCGCGUUGUAGGUUUCAGGUUGAAGACUUGAAGCCGCAAGGCAGUGAAAAGCUUUGCGUGUGGUUUCUUUCUUUCAGAUUUGAAAUAUCGAGGUAAACUUUUUCAAAGUCCUAGAGCUUUUAACUUUAUCGCCAAAAGAAUAGACUAAUGCGCCCGGGUGACGCGUCACUGGAACGCGCAGCGGAUUCUAAUCACGGCACAGCGUUUUUGCAAUUUAUCUCCCUUGGAUAAAAUCAAAAGUUUUGAUAUUUGCUCGCUUUCAAGUUAGUUUGAGGCUUCGGCUUGAAGUUGAAACUUUUCAAAGCCUUAACGCUUUUAAUUGUAUUGGCCACAGAAAACAACUAAGCGCCAGGGUGGCGCGUUGAAGGCUUCAGGCUGAAGGCUUGAAGCCUCAAGGCAAUGAAAGGCUUCCAAUUUUUUUGGAAUUUGUCUCUCUUUGAUAGUAGAGUCAGCAACUUUGCUGUUUUCGGGCUUUCAAAUUUGCGGCCUCAAUUUCAAAUUUUCUAAAAUCCCAAAGCUUUUAACUUUAUCGCCAACAGAAUAGACUUGAACGCCAGGGGGGCGCGUUGUAGGCUUCAGGUUGAAGGCUUGAAGCCUCAGGGCCGUCAGUUCCCAAGUUCGUAAAGUUCUUAAGUUCGUAAGUUCAGAAGUUUAGAGGUUCUUCCGAAGUUCGUAAGUUCCUAAGAAAGUUCAUGAGUUAGGGUGUUGGGGGUUCGAAGGUCGAAGCGUGAGAGUUUGGCGGGGUCGUUGUUGAUUUUAAUAUUAUAUGCGCCACGUUCCUUACACUCAUUUCAGUGAUCCCGUAUCGGUUCUACCAAGUCAAAGUGGCUGCAUGUUGUUUCUGUGAUCACAUCUAUGUUCAGGGCGGCAGGCGGAGGAACUAGCAAAGCUGAAAGAGGAUAUGGAGGGUCUCGCUAAAAGUUUAGACGAGGCAUAUAAGAUCUUCGAUGAUUACGGUAUUCCGAUUCCGGGUCGAACCACACAGGAUCAUGACGCUCGGACAUUCAAGUGGAAGAUUACGGCUGAACGAAUUCAUCGGUAGAUGUUGCACUGGACGACGACGACGGCCCUUGGUAGAAGAUGUGGUGCUGAACAGGAUAGUUUGGUUGCUUUACAAAAGGGUGCAACAUAUACUAACUGUUCGUUGUCCUUGGUCUCCGGCCGUUUCCAUCUUGUUCUAAUGCAAUCACGAAGCUGGAGGAAAAAAUAGAGGAAUAUGCCAAGGACCGACCGUGCAUGAGCCAGGAAUUCACGCUGUGGGGUCUUAAGGGUCUUCAAGUGGAGUGGUAUCCAAAUGGCGUUGACAAUAGCUUCCCCGGUUGGUCAGCAGUAAAACUGAGGAUACCGACAAUGCAGUCUAGGUGUAAGGUUGCAGUCAAAUGGAGGGUCAUAUUUGGCAGCAAUCUGUGGGUACUUAUUUUAGGCUACGUACUGCCAAAAGAUUACUUUCACCGGAGGAAAAGUCAUUUCCAUCUUUGUGUAAAUGCCGAACACUAUUCCUUCAAAUUGUAACGCCGAACAUAAUACCAUGCUAUAAAUGCCUUCUACAAGCGAGUAAUCAGCAAAUAGUACUCUUUCAUGAUUUUCAUUUGUCUCUUAAUCUACGCUCAGGUCGGACCGCGAUCUGACGAAUUCUGUGAGCAGUACUGGUGGUGCAGAAAAGGCGUGAUAAAUUGGCCAAAUUUUUGUAAGACAGAAAUACUGAAGCAGCAGGUAGACGAGAAGGGCGCAAUUACUAUGACAAUCGACAUCAUCAAAGCCACCAUUACACCUGUUGACGAUAGAGGAAUUACCCUUGCAGGUUUACCAAAGCGGAUGCCGCAGGUUCUUGGUACUAAGAACCAUCAUCAUUUCAGCAUCAGCGGCAUUUCACCAAAAAAUGAUGGGCAUUUUAUUUUGGCUUCUUUCAAUCGCAUUUUAACUAUCAUCGCCUUAGAAGCAUCAAAUGUAUUCAACAUGCAUGGCACACUUGAUUAAUAUUGAUUCACAAAAAUUUUACAGCUACACAGUCCGCAGCGCAGAUGCAUUCCAUCGCGCUGGGUGGCGGAUUUAACAGUAUCCAGGGUAAAGGCGAUGUGACCGAUGUAGAUAUCGAGCUUGUUAUCUGCGGGGAGCGGUUUGACGAUCCGCAGCUGAUCAAUCUCAUCAAGAGAUAUAUCAAACAAACACACCUUGCAAUCGAGAAUAAUCCACACGGGGUGUCAAGUAAGAACGCAGAGUCGCCUAGGUAUAUAGAGUACUUCUACUUUAUCAAUGCAUGAUACGUCGAAGGCGUUGUAGUUGGAAGGCUGGAUAAAAGUAAUAUAUUGGUGCUAGUGUUUCAUCUUCGAACCAUUUUUGUUUCGUUCAUAGAGUCAUCGUGGAAUGGCAAUCAACACACUUUCCUCAUUGUGCACAGGUAUAACGGAAGUCCAUGCACUUUGCGGCCACGCACUCAACAAACGAGUAAGUUUGCUCAGUCACCGACCUCCCGUCCGGGAACCGUCGGGUUCGGCCAAACUGGCAGCAACCCAAGUAGUCCGAUGCGCCCAGGAACCAGUGCAGGACUAGUGCUGCCCUCGAUGACCGCAAAUCUUUUAUGAAAUAUAACUUUUUUCUACAGCUAAUACCUGUUCAACUACCACGCUUGCUUCGAACAAGCAGCAAAAUGUAAACAGCUCACAGAACAGAGUUGAAGAUAGAGGCUGCUGUUCUCACUUGGUCAAAUUGGUCUCUACAGCGCCAAAUGUUGAGAAUUCGCUUUUCUAGACCGAACUCAAUUCUGACAAUAGCAGGACCACCUCCAAUUAUGCCUUCUCUAACACUCGGCGGCAUGAAUAGCAUGAUGAGCAGUACCGGAGGCCUCCAAGGCUCCCCAUCCGCGCAAGGGUUCUUCUCGCCUAUGAACGGCAACGAAACGGCAUUCGCUUCUAGUACUGCCGCCAGAAAGCGCGGCCUGCCCAUGUCGCCUUCGAGGUCGCCGAAACGGAUGUGACCUCCCUCAGACUUGUGCAUAAAAGUCUCAGUAGGUACUGUGAAAUUAACACAGAGGAUAGCGUUCAUUGCGUGUAGAAUGAUACAAAGACUAUACGAGUUUUCCAUUGAUAAGGUAUGUCACAUUUGUUGAACAAGUCUAUCAUUGAUUAAUUGUUACCACACAUUAUCACAUAUUCAUUCUGAGUCUGCUGCGAAAGCGCACAGAAUUUACAUCGUCUAUUUGUUGGGGCAUCAACAGCCUUUUCAUGCAGUUGUGUCCAUAUCACGAUCGACUUGAAAAGCAUUUUUCGGAUGGAAUCGUUGUAACCUCUAGGUAACAUCUUCUUGUAUAGUUAGCUUAUAGACAAUGUACAACUGUUCACAUGAUCAACACAGGUUGCAUACUUAAGCUUAUUUACACAGACACACGCACACAUGGACUCCAUUGAGCUACUACCUAUCCCGUAGCUGUAUUAAAGUGAGGAGUCAUGUUGAUGAGUGUUAACAACAAGUAUAUUCAAUCCAUUUUUGCUGCUAGUAUACCUUUUGGAGCAUAGUGAUUUUCUCUUUUUUCGUUUCUUGGUCUUGUGAUUCAUAGUUUUGCACACAUAGUGCAUCGAGCGUCGAAUAUUUUCUGCAUUGAUUUCAGACAUGGUCAAAAAUGGAGGAUGAUAAAAGCGACGUCAUGGUACAUUAUGAAAUCGGAUAACGACACUCCUGUGUGUGUAUGUUGAAAGAAAGAGGUUAAUUACGAAUAUUUCGUUUCGCACUCGCGGCUUUUCGAAGUUCGUCGGCCGUG